AUGGGGAAAUGAGCUUUAAUAUUUUGUUGUUAAAACUCUGAAUGUGAGCUUCACUUACAUUUGAAUUGUCGUCAACACAAAUGUGAGUGAAGAGAAAGGAGAUCUAAGUCUGUGUGUAACCUAUUCGCUCCAGCUAACCGGAUAGCUAGAUUUAAAUCUUUAUUGAAUUUAAAACAGCAUCGUGUUCAAGUAGCGCUCUUAAAACAUGUUCCCUUGUCAUUGUCGUACGAGUUGCCAUUGCCAGUUCAAGGUGACCCUCGGUAUGUAGAAAUAAAUAGUUCACUCCCCGUCAGUGAAUUGCUGUCCCGAUGCCAGGUUUGUUGGGGUGACACCUGAACACACCACCACAACGAGUGGCACGGCUGUCACGUGACCUCGACCAAACAAUGUUUUGGUACCCCGUUUCCUCUCCGCUUGCACUUGAACGCACCGCUCACUCACACUUAAUCCAGCUCAUUUGCUGCGUUUAUUGGCACGCCUCUCACGAUCUUCUUCUAAGUAUCUUUUUCCAAGAGAUGUGUUGAGGCGAACCGAGCCAAUAGCCAGGCGGAGAGCGACUGUCGUGGCCCUUCCUCCUAUAAUGCCCACCAGUCAUCCAGCUUGGAGGAGGAGCUGGUGUUGCAGGGGGAAGCAUCGAGCUGUCACACAUUUGUGCUGAAAUUGAGGAGUUUAGGAAUUCUUUGCUCUUUUCUCAUUCACAUUUAGCUUGCUCAACAGGUCUCUCGCACAUGCACAGAGAGAGCGAGAGAUGUCUGCACCGCUGAGCCCCAAUUCACUCUUUGGGAUGGGGAACCCCUUGCUGGACAUCUGUGCCGUGGUGGACAAAGACUUCCUGGACAAAUACACACUGAAGCCAAAUGACCAGAUCCUGGCUGAAGACAAGCACAAAGCCCUGUUUGAUGAGCUGGUGAACAAGUUCAAAGCGGAAUACCACGCUGGGGGAGCCACACAGAACUCCAUUAAGAUCGCUCAGUGGUUGAUCCAGGAGCCUCACAAUGCGGGCACCUUCUUCGGCUGCAUCGGCAAAGACAAGUUUGGAGAGAUCCUGAAGAAGAAGGCGGAGGAGGCCCACAUCGACGCCCACUACUACGAGCAAGACCAGGAGCCCACGGGCUCGUGUGCCGCGUGCAUCACCGGAGCAAACCGGUCACUGGUGGCUAACCUAGCUGCUGCUAAUUGUUAUAAGAAGGAGAAACAUCUGGACCUUGAAGAAAAUUGGAAGUUGGUGGAAAGCGCUAAAGUUUAUUAUAUUGCCGGUUUCUUUGUCACAGUGUCUUUGGAGUCCAUGCUGAAAGUGGCCCAGCACGCAUCAGAAAAUAACAAAAUGUUCUGCCUCAACUUGUCUGCACCAUUUAUCUGCCAGUUCUUCAAAGACCACCUCAUGCAGCUCUUGCCCUACGUGGACGUGCUCUUCGGCAAUGAGACUGAGGCAGCUGCAUUCGCUAAGGAGCAAGACUUUGAGACCAAAGACAUUAAAGAGAUUGCCAAGAAAGUGCAGGCUUUGCCCAAAGUCAACACUAAGAGACAAAGGAUUGUUGUCUUGACUCAGGGGAAGGAUGAAACUGUGAUGGCUCUCAGUGACAAAAUUGAGACUUUCCCAGUGUUGGUGAUUGAUCCCAAAGACCUAGUGGACACAAAUGGUGCUGGUGACGCAUUUGUAGGAGGUUUCCUGUCUGGGCUGGUCCGAGAAAAAUCACUGGACCAAUGCAUGAGGGCAGCGCACUACUCUGCCAAUGUCGUCAUUAGAAGAUCCGGUUGCACGUUCCCUGAAAAACCGGAUUUUGUUUGAUGUACUUUUUAUCAUUCUGUUUCCCCAAAAUGUCCAUUUAACACAAAAUGUCACCGAUUAUAUUUUAUUCUCAGUUUUCCCGCCCAAUCAGUUAUAUAUUUUUUAAGCUGCCAUCUUGAUUUAUUUUUAAUUGUUGGCUUUGUCCCACAUCACCUGAGCAUGUCUUCUUUCAUCCACUGGCGCUGCAGGAAAAACUAAUCGGAAUUUGUUGGUCAUUACUCAUUCAUUGUCGCCCAGUGUGUGUACUUGCACACAAAACGCAAGCUCAGCAACCAUAGUACAGUAUUAAUAACGAUAAUUGUGGCCAAAUCACGUAUAUGACCACUGGACCACAUUUUGUUAUUCGCACGGUUGCACUCAACUGAUAAGUUGUUUGAAAAUGUUGUAAUUGUCUUUAAAAGAUUUAUUUGUGAUUUGAUCAGGCCGGUGAACGACUUUGUCAUUCGAAAUGCUUGAAUUAAUCAGUGUCAAAGCCACUGCGCACAGGAAAUUGAACUGUGACUUUCAACAUUGUGCAAAUCAUGAGUGCCUUUUAUUCUUUGUUACGAAGGUUAAAGACUUGAAGCUGCUUUCGUCAUCUGUAUGCAAUAGUUCACCUACACUGAUACUGUUGGAAAGUAAGACAGACUAUGAAAGGAUAAUUGAGGGCAUUGUGUGAGUAGCCAUUCAAAUGUUUUUUGGGGUUUUUUUUUUUUAAACCCAUUUUCCAAGUACCUCAACACUCAGCUUUGUUAAAUUAGACAUAAAUGCACAUAUAUCACAUUGUGUGAUCGGACGCAAGCUUCUGUUUUUACCUCUUCGGUGUUUGAUUUGGAUUAAUCAAAACUUGAAUACAGUUGUAACAAUUUCCUAAUGAUGCACAAGGGUGUUUUCUUCCUUUUAUAACUGCAUUGUUUUUAGAUCAUGAAUUUACAAUCCCAUCCAAUCAUAUUCAUUGUUAUGUACACAAACAACAAGAGGCCUCAAGUGAUCCUUUUGUCGGGUUUUUGCCAGACGUUAAUGUCUAAUAUGGACAAAUAAAAUGACAAAAAAAAUCACGCUUUUUUUCUUACUUUUACCUGCUAAUUUAGUUUCUACAGCAAUUUAGCACGCUGAUUGGGAUGUGUUUGACAUUUCCCUGUG